GCUUCCUGUUCUGAGCCCUCCACCCCAGGAGGGCGUGUGAUUGGCUACUCGUCUUGAGGGUACUUCCUCAAACAACAGCAGAGCGACGAGCUAGGAAGAAGCUUGUAGCUAUCUUGUAAAUCUCUCUGCUACUGGGUCCCGCUGGCCUCCCUUGACCCUACCGUCAUGGUCGCACCGUCUCAGUGAGAGAGAACAAGGGAAUGUGGACAGGAAGUAAAAGAGGAGGCUGAUAUCUAGAAGCGGACAGACGCGGGUUCAGCAGGUCACUAAGUAUGGCCAGUGAGUACCAGUCAGUGUCCUCAGCAGAGUCGUGCAAAAGACUGUACGUGGAGCUCUCCGAGUGUUUCAUAUGCAGGGAUGUCCAAGUGCAGGCCGGCGACCCGCUGAGGACUUUCUGCGACUGCAAGAACUUACUUGCCCACCAUGUUUGCAUUUCCACAUGGAUCCAGCGGGGUGGGGGCAGUGAAGACAGGCUACACUGCGUAGUGUGCAAAGCCAAGUACCAGCUCCGCCGCCGUCCUCCAUGGCGCUCGCUAAGCUUCCAGUGGCAGACGUGGCUGGCGGUGCUGCUCGUGUGCGUCCUACUGGGCCUGGUGCCGUACGCGGUCCACUGCAUGAUGACCGCCUUCAGCGACCCCCCUCCCCCCGCCACCUUCAGAGUGGCCGCCGCUUCCUUUGGCGUGCUGGCAGAGGUCCUCCUGAUCAAAAGGAUGCAUCUGGACGUCCACACAGACCAGAAAGGCAGGACUGAGGAUCGAACCAGCAACCAUCGGGUUGGGAAACAACCACUCUACCUCCUGGGCUACGUCACCCUGCAGAACAACAGCAGAAUGGUACAGCCAUGGAAAAAGGAACAUCCACCAGUAGGGGGCGACAAAUAAAUUUCCCAUCCAUUUUCAAUCGGACAAUUGUCACAGAAAAUGUGAAAUUACAGUAAAUAUUAGGGGUGUCACGGGACCUCAUGCCACAAGAUCUCGCAACAUUAAAAUGAUUCUUUAUUCAGAAGAAAUAUGGGCACUAGGCCUGGGACGAUAAUAAAUGAAUGGA